AUGUUGUCGAACCGCUGCGUGAUAGGUUUCCUCAACACCGGAGGCAAAGGCGUUCACGGGAAUUUAACAUCGCUGCGGGAUGUGCGACGCGUUUUCGUUUGGAACAACAACAACAGUUCGUCGUCGUCGUCGUCGUCGUCGUCGUCCUGUGAGACGAUGAGACGAAGUCAAGGCGUCGUCGUCCGAGCGUCGUCUUCUUCUUCGUCCGACGAGAACACGAAUUCCGGCCGAGCGAUUCGAACAAAGUUCUUAAACUUUUACGAGAAGAAAAAUCACGCGAUUUUACCAUCCUCCUCGCUCGUCCCGGAGGACCCGACGGUCCUCUUAACCAUCGCGGGAAUGUUACAAUUCAAACCGAUUUUCAUGGGCCAAAAAGAACGAGAGGUGAAAUCAGCGACGACGUCGCAAAAGUGCGUUCGAACGAACGAUAUCGAGAACGUCGGGGUGACUGCGAGACACCACACGUUUUUCGAAAUGCUCGGGAACUUUUCCUUUGGAGAUUACUUCAAGAAAGAGGCGUGCGCGUGGGCGUGGGAACUGAGCGUGAAAGAACUCGGGAUCGAUAAGGAGAGGAUUUGGGUGUCCGUGUUUGAAACCGACGAGGAGGCGUUUGCGAUUUGGAGAGACGAAGUUGGCGUUCCCGAGGCGAGGAUUUUGAGGAUGGGCGCGGAGGAUAACUUUUGGGCGGCUGGGCCGACGGGGCCGUGCGGACCGUGCUCGGAGCUGUAUUACGAUUUUAAGCCCGAGCUGGGCGUUGAAGGCGUGAAAGAUUUAAACGACGAUUCGAGGUUCGUGGAGUUUUAUAACUUAGUUUUCAUGGAGUUAUCGAGAGAUGCUGACGGGAAAACGACCCCGUUGAAGAAUAAGAACAUCGACACCGGGAUGGGAUUAGAGCGAGUCGCGCAGAUUUUACAAAAGAAACCGAACAAUUACGAGACGGAUUUGAUGAUGCCGAUUAUCGAGAAAGCGUGCGCGAUGGCAGAGUUAAAGUACGACGAGUGCGACGAGAAACAAAAACGAAUGUUGAAAGUUGCAGCGGAUCACAUCAGAGCCGUGACGUAUUUAAUUUCCGACGGGGUAUUUCCGUCGAACGUGGGGAGAGGGUACAUCGUGAGACGAUUGAUUCGCCGGGUCGUGCGAAGCGGUAAAUUAUUAGGCAUGAAAGAAGAAGGCGACUCGAAGACGUUUACUUCUGCGAUUGCAAAAGUAGCCAUCGAGUUAUCCACCGAGUGCGAUCCUAACGUUAUGAAACGAAGCGAGAAAAUAUACGCCGAGUUGGAACGCGAGGAGUUGGGCUUUAAAAAGACGCUCGCCAACGGCGAAAACUUGUUGGCGGAUAUCAUCGCGAGAGCGAAGAAGGAUAAAAAUGGCGUCACCGGUGCCGAGGCAUUUUUGUUAUACGACACGUACGGGUUUCCUCUAGAUAUCACUACCGACGUUGCCGAAGAUAAUAACGUGGAAGUAGACGUGGAAGGAUUCGAAACGGAAAUGGAAAAAGCGAGAAACUUGGCGCGCGCGGCUGCAAAAACGGUGGACGUCACCACCGGAGACGCGUUAGCACGCGUCGCGGACGACUUAAACAACGACGAGCAUUCUGCGUUUAUCGGAUACGACAGCUUAUUCUCCCGAGAAUCGAAAGUUCUCGCCAUUGUCAACCCGAAAACCGGGGAGAUGCUCGAACGCGCUCGGGAAGGCGACGAAGUCGACGUCGUUUUGAGUCAAACGCCAUUCUACGCCGAGUCUGGUGGUCAAAUCGCCGACGUCGGCGUUAUGGUAAUAGAAGAUAGCAACACCGAAGUACACGUUUUAGAUGUUCAAAAAGCCGCCGGUGGGCGCAUCAUUUCGCACCGCGUGCGCGUUGAAUCCGGCGAAAUCGUCGCCAAGACUUCCGUUUUAGAAACAAAAGUCGAUAAGGAUUCCAGGCGAAGAGCGAAAGCCAACCACACGGCUACGCAUUUAUUGCAAAGCGCAUUAAAGCAAGUCAUGGGCGACGAUGUCUCCCAAGCCGGUUCUUUAGUCAGUUUUGACCGAUUGCGAUUCGACUUUAACUCCUCGCGCGGACCGAAACCGAACGAGUUGGAUGAAAUCGAAGCUUUAGUCAACGAAUGGAUUUUCGACUCGACGAAUUUAGAAGUCGCGGAAAUGCCCAUCGCGGAUGCCAAGGCGAAAGGCGCGACGAUGAUGUUUGGCGAAAAGUACGGCGACGUUGUUCGCGUCGUGGACGUUCCGAACGUGUCCAUGGAACUCUGCGGCGGCACGCACGUCUCCAACACCUCGGAAAUUUGCGGUUUCAAAAUCCUCAGCGAAUCUGGUAUCGCUAGUGGCAUUCGACGCAUAGAAGCCGUCGCCGGUCCUGCCGUGAUUGAUUUAGUCAACUCGAACGCGCAAGUCGUCAACACCUUGACGAAGAGUUUAAAAAUCAAGCCCGAGGAGAUCCCCGACCGGGUGAAAUCUAUGCAAAAAGACUUGCUCGAGCAACAAAAAUUGGCGGAAAAGUUACGAGGCGAACUCGCCGUCGCCAAAGCAUCGAGUUUGAAAUCGUUAGCGGAAUCGCAUCCAAGCGCGCAAACGCAAGUCUUGGUCGCUAAAAUGGACGAGUUUGUCGCCCCUGACGCGUUAAAAGUCGCGUGCGAGUCUUUACUCAAAUCCUUGGGCCCGGACGCUCUCGUCCUCCUCGCCUCCGCCUCGGACGAUAACACCAAAGUCGCCAUCGUCUGCGCCGCCGGCGACGACGCCGUCAAGAAAGGCCUCAACGCCGGAAAAAUCUGCGGCGCGACUGCAAAAGCGUGCGGCGGCGGUGGUGGCGGCAAACCCAACUUUGCGCAAGCCGGCGGAAGAGACGCCUCGAACUUGGCCGAGGCGCUCGCCGCGGCCAAAGCGAACGCGUUUGAAACUUUGAAUUAA